CCUUUCUAUUCUACUAGUGAGUUGUGAGCGACAAAGAAGGCGUAUAGUUUAGGCAGAGUUUGAAGCGUCGCCAAUCGAAGCAGCGUUUCCGUUCCAUACGCCGUUUAUCGAUUUGCCGGAAAACAUGUCAGGAGUCAACAACGAUGAAGACAAGAAGCCUGGGACUGGUGAUCAAGGAGCUCACAUCAAUUUGAAAGUCAAAGGCCAGGAUGGAAAUGAAGUGUUCUUCAGAAUCAAAAGGAGCACACAACUGAAGAAACUUAUGAAUGCUUACUGUGAUCGACAAUCUGUUGAGCUUAAUUCCAUUGCUUUCUUGUUUGAUGGGCGUCGUCUUCGAGGAGAGCAAACUCCUGAUGAGCUGGAAAUGGAGGAAGGUGAUGAGAUAGAUGCAAUGCUGCAUCAAACUGGAGGCAACUCUACCAACCUUUAAGACUUUUCUUAUGUUUUUUGUUCUAUCAUUCUAUGCUCUGUGUUAUGUUCUGUUUCUUGGUUUGUGAUACUUAAAUGUUUAAGGUCUUAAUUUCUGUCUCAUGUAAGGGUUAAAAAGUAAAAAACCCAUGGUUGUAGUAGCCUAAAUUUGUAUUAUGUUCAGUUUGAUAUAUGCUUUUGUGUUUGAAGUAA